AUGGAGAAACACUCCAUGCGUCACCUGCUGUGGGCUGCACUGUUCCUGUUGUACUGCAGCUGCGGGUGUUUGGCUGCUGUUGUGCAGCAGUUACCACAGAAAGGACAAAGUGCUCUACAGGCGUACACCGUCUCUUCUGAUACUGCUGCUGAUGAUACUAAGAUUGGUUCGGAUUGGAAGGCCAUCCGCAUUGGUGUGUAUACAAAACUUGUGGAAGAUAUGGUGGAGUUUUGCACGACGAAAAAAAAAGAAAUGCCGCGUGAGUACGAGGAGCUUGCGAGAAAAUAUGAAGAAGAAGAAGAAGAUGCUGAUGAAGAACAUGAAGAACCUGCACAAGAGCUUUACGAUCUUAAAGAUCUCUGCAAUGCUGAUAAGAUAACAGAGGAUAAGAAAAAAGUUCUUUUUGAAAGGGUAUUACCCAAAGCUAUCAAACUACACGCAGAUCGCCUAAAAGUAAAACAGGUGAAGGGGACCCUAAUGAUACCAAGAAAAGAAGAGCAAAAAAUACGUAAUAAUAUCUGCCAAUUCUUUAAGGAUCCCUUGACGAAAAAUGUGACGGAUGGUCCUGUUGUCGAUUUUAUGAUUUUUGCGAGUCUCUCAAAAGAACCCCAAAAAGUUGUGAUUUGCAGUCAGGAUAAUGAAAACAGGCCGACGUCUGCCGUCAUUAAAUUUAUCCCAAAGGAGAUAGAAGCAACACGGCAGUAUAUUCGUUUGACUGCACAUGAGAUUGCACAUGGUCUUGGAUUUCAACAUGAACUUAUGAAAGAGUUAAACAUGAUCAAAGAGCGCAGUAUUGAUCUGCCACGUGAGCUAGUACCGUACGGUAGAAACGAAUUCUAUAUGGUGAACUCCACUAAAAUUGUCGAAGUGCUGAAGAGUCAUUACAGAUGUAAAGAUGGUGAAAUAGAGGGUUUGUAUUUGGAAGAUGAAGAGGAUUCCGACCUACCUUCCCACUGGGAGAGACUAAUUGCGAAGGAUGAGUUGAUGAGUACGUAUUUUGGUGAACCUUCUGGCAUGUACUACAGUGCACUGACACUUGCAGCAUUUGAAGGUAUGAAAUUUUACCAAGCAGUUUCCUUGGUAAGGAUGUGCUACCUUAUCGUGGUACCAAGGUUAAGUACUUGA